UGUGAGUCUAAUAACACAAUUUAAUUGCUUUGAAGCAUCUACUUUUAUUUCGAAAUAUGGAUGUAAAUAACACAAUAACAGAUAUAAAAGAUGGCGACGAGACGCGACCUUCUAUAAUUGAACCGCCAUCUAUUGUGGAAAUUCAAAAACCAAAGUUAGAAGGUAACGUAAAGAAAAAGAGAAGACGCGGCAAAUCUAAACGUAAAGUUCUAAAACCUUUUAUAAAAGCACCUUGGCAAGAUCGUCGAAAAAAUGAUAAAACAAAAAGAAAUAAUCGUUUCAGAAAAAUAGUUUUGUCAAAAACGCGUGCUCCUUACAACAAUAACCAAUUUUUAAUGGAAAUACACAAACCAGAACCUGAGAAUUCUUUUCAUAUUUUGCGCACACCUUCUGCGCGUACCCGUGAUUCUAGUUUUAGUGUAGAUUCUGAAGAAAAUUAUUUUUUCUCUCUACCUGAGGAUGAAGAAGAAUAUUUGACUAAAGAGUUCUCCAGCGUUUAUGAGGAUGCCCAAAGCGAACGUUUAUCAAAUAUGUCCAAAAAUGAGUUAAUUCAAGAGUAUCUUUUGCUAGAAGCUAAGUAUGAUACUCUAGUGAAAAGAACAGAACGUUCAAAACCAAAAAAUUUGGACAAUGAGAGAGAUAUGAUUGCAAAUGACAAAGAUACCUCAGCUACUGAUAGAGAUAGUAUGAUAACUGAGAGGGAUACUUCUGGAACAUCUGUUGUAUCUAGUUUGGCAGAGGAACAAUCUCUUAGUGAUAUAAUGCAGAGAUUAAAAGAACAAGAAGAACAGAUAAUACAGCUUAAGUUAACAAAUGAGAAGUUACAACUGGAGAAUGAUCACUUGCGGCAUAGGUCACAGGCAUCCUCCAGUGAGGAUUCAGAGAGUGACAGUUCAUCAAGUUCGGAUAGUUGUAGCACUUCCAGUUGUAGUGUAAGUCCCGUUGGCGAACCUAUAACUCAGCCUUUACAGGAUCUAUCCAAUGGAAAUCAAGAUCAUGAACAGAAUGGAGUGGAUACUGAAGAGUUGGAUCCAGCAUACCCACUUGUCAAUGGAUUUCACAGCCCAGAAAAUUAAGUUCUAUCUCUGAAAAUGUUUUAAUUAAUUUAACUUUUUUUUAUUGACCAUCUAUCCAGUGUUAUGUAGUCAGAAAAUUGUUAUGAAAAGUAGGUACCUAUGUAUAUUGAAUUGCAUUUAGUUAACUUUCCUAUUUAUAUACAUAUUAUCAUAAUAAUAUAUACCCUGUUAUUGUACAAAUACCCUUGACUUUUUCACUGUGGGAAUGUAAUUGUGAGAUCUCAUUUUAGGUUUAGUGAAAAAUUUCUGUGAUAUCCUUGUGGAUAUUUUAUUAGUGAUUUGUUUGAAAUGUACAUACAUAUUCCAAAAUAAGGAUCUCACUUUUAUGUUGAUACAGUGAGGUGUGUAAUGUUUAAGCAAAAAUGUAUGAAAGUUUCGAUUAAGUAUUAAUUUUAGCAAUUGGAUAUAGAUAUUUUAUUGUUACUGUUGGGUUUGUUAAGUAUAACUGUCUACAUUGUAGUUAUAACCAAAUGGAAUGUAUCAAGUUUCAAGUAGAAUAGUUUAAGAACUGCUAUUAUCUAACAGGGAUUGUAAUAAAUUGCCACUUAUUAAACAUAAUAAGAUAAAUAA